AUGAAUUUGAAGUUAACAGCCAUUAUCCUAACGACUUUAGUCGUCUCGGCUAAAUGUAUCGAGGAAAAAAAAGUGUCGGAGGAAUCUAAAGAAUCGGAAUCAUCGGAAGAUCUAACGGGUGCCGAAAAGAAGACAGAAAAACGUGGUCUGGUGCAUAGCUAUGGUGACCUUGGUGGUGGUGGUGGCGGCGGCGGCGGCGGCGGGGAUGUAGGUGGUGGUGGUGGUGGAUCUUAUGAUCACCAUGAACACGUGAAAACAGUAACGGUUGUGAAGAAAGUACCGGUACCGUACGAAGUAACUAAACAUGUACCAUAUUUGGUUGAGAAACACGUGCCUUACGAGGUCAAGGUCGGUGUACCACAGCCCUAUACCGUUGAGAAACAUGUCCCUUAUCCAGUGAAAGUCUUUGUCAAGGUACCGGUUCACGUACCACAACCUUAUACCGUUGAGAAAAAGGUUCCAUACGAAGUUAAGGUACCAGUGGAUAAGCCCUACGAGGUGAAGGUUUACGUACCACAACCUUAUACCGUUGAAAAACAUAUCCCAGUACCUGUCAAGAUACCAGUACCACAACCCUACACCGUUGAGAAACACGUACCUUUCCCAGUUAAGGUUAAAAUACCAGUACCACAACCCUAUCCGGUUGAAAAACCAGUCCCAUACGAAGUCAAAGUACCUGUUGAUAAACCUUACCCGGUCCCAGUACCUAAACCUUACCCUGUACACGUUGAAAAACCUUAUCCCGUACCUGUUGAAAAGCCUGUACCUUAUGAAGUUAAAGUACCUGUUGACAAACCAUAUCCAGUCACCGUUGAAAAACCUUAUCCUGUCCCAGUCAAAGUACCAGUACCUCAACCUUAUCACGUUAAUAAACCAGUACCUGUACCUGUUGAAAAACCCGUACCAUACCCAGUCAAAGUUCCAGUUGACAAACCAUACGUCGUUGAAAAGGAGGUACCUUAUCCUGUUGAAAAGGAAGUACCUUAUCCCGUAAAGGUACCAGUUCCGGUACCCGUUCAUAUUAAAGAUGAAUCUGGUGGAGGAGGAGGAUAUGAAGGUGGUUCGGGAGGUUACGACGGCCAUUCAGGUGGUUACGGCGGUGGUUAUGGUGGUUAUGGUGGUUACGAUUAUUCCUCUCAUCAUGGCUGA